UGGUAGAGCGGGCGCAGACACCCGUCCGUUGGCCCCUGAGGUACCAGAGGGGCCGGGACUAAAGCUGUGUCUUCCUCCCCUCUGCAGUCAUUACCGUGUCUGGAAAGAAUGCUCCGCUCAUUAGAAGAUUAAAGUCUUCCCUAUGACGCAGGCUGCCCGGGUCAAGCCGUGCACUCUGUGACAGAGCGGCGUCCCCUCCCCCCUCCGGGUCACCCAGCGCCUGUACGCCGUGUGACGAGCGCUGCCCGGACACAUCGCUAUGCUAAUAGGGGGGCGUGUCUGGGAGGACCGCCGCCACAGCCAUGCCUCAUAUAUAAAGUAGUGGGGGGGCGAGCGCAGCAGAUCUCCAGACUGUGCACACAGCGCGGCAGCUACUCAGCGGGUACUUCUUCUUUUCUUUCUUUUUUUCUUUUUCUUUUAUCCCCCUGUGCUGCCAGUUAGCGGAUUUAGCCCGACUCCGAACUGUACAGGCUUGCAGGAGACAGUCGAAGCAGGUAGAGCUGGCAACACGGCAUCUCACCAUGGCAGACGAUGAAGGUGGCAUAUGCCAAGGCUGCGACAGCAGUCACUGCAACGUCCUCAGCUGGGAGCAAGUGCAGCGCCUGGACGCGAUCCUCACCGAGACCAUCCCCAUCCACGGCCGGGGCAACUUCCCCACUCUGGAGAUGAAGCCCCGGCAGAUCGUGAAGGUGGUGCGGUGCCGCCUGGAGGAGAGGAACAUCAACGUGCGGGACGUCCGGCUGAACGGCUCCGCGGCCAGUCACAUCCUCCAUGAGGACAGCGGGCUGGGCUACAAGGACCUGGACCUGAUCUUCUGCGUGGACCUGAAGGGAGAGGCCGAGUUCCAGACUGUGAAGGAUGUGGUGCUGGACUGUCUGCUGGACUUCUUACCCGAAGGAGUUAACAAGGAGAAGAUAUCCCCGCUCACCCUGAAGGAAGCUUAUGUCCAGAAAAUGGUGAAGGUCUGCAACGAUAACGACCGGUGGAGCCUGAUCUCCUUAUCGAAUAACCAUGGCAAAAACGUGGAGCUCAAGUUUGUGGAUUUCUUGAGGAGGCAGUUUGAGUUCAGCGUCGAUUCCUUUCAGAUUAAACUGGAUUCUCUCUUGCUUUUUUACGAGUGCUCCGAAAACCCAAUGACUGAAACUUUCCAUCCUACCAUAAUUGGGGAGAGCGUGUAUGGAGAUUUCCAGGAAGCCUUUGACCACCUUUGUCACAAGAUCAUUGCCACCAGAAACCCUGAGGAGAUCCGUGGAGGUGGCCUUCUCAAGUACUGCAACCUUUUGGUAAGGGACUUCAGGGCAGCCUCUGAGUCCGAAAUGAAGUCCCUGCAGAGGUACAUGUGCUCUAGGUUUUUCAUUGACUUUUCAGACAUUGGAGAACAGCAGAGGAAGCUGGAGUCCUACCUGCAGAACCACUUUGUGGGCUUGGAAGACCGCAAGUAUGACUAUCUCAUGACUCUACAUGGUGUGGUCAAUGAAAGCACAGUCUGUCUCAUGGGACACGAACGAAGGCAGACUCUGAGCCUUAUCACCAUGCUCGCCAUCCGAGUACUGGCCGAACAGAACAUUAUUCCCAAUGUAGCCAACGUAACCUGCUACUACCAGCCAGCCCCCUAUGUAGCAGAUGCCAACUUCAGUAACUACUACAUUGCCCAGGUGCAGCCUAUCUUUACAUGCCAGCAGCACACCUACUCCACUUGGUUACCCUGUAAUUAAGACUGAGGAAGCUGUUCCGCAUCCAUAUUAAGCAGGGGCAUACCCAGAUAUAUAAUAUGGUGUGAGUUUGACAAUGGUGAUCUGCUCUAGGUUUCUACCUUUUGUGAAGCUUGUGGUUCCUAUAGAAUUCAUGAGAGCACGAUCAGAACGAUAAGCUCCUAAUUUAUUGGGUUUUACCCCCCCCCCCCCUCCCCAGCCACACUUGUCAUUUAAGGCUGGCGUCACCCCCUGUAGUAUGAGAUGGGGGCCUGCUUAAUGUAAGUACAGGUUGGGGCUUCCUGCUCACUAUACCUUGACUAGAAAGAGGUCGGGUUAGUCAAAAGGGAGUUAAUGCGCUUAUGUCCUGAAUUUAAGAUGCCUGAAGGUUGCUAGACCGGUGAUCUCGUGUCACGUAGAACGCUUUCUUGGACACGGUGAACUGCGGUAGGGGUUGGUGCAGUUCUCACAACUGUCAGAUCUUCAGAAAGUUAACGCCUCUUCUUUCUAGAUAUCUGCAUGACUCACAUUUGCACAAGUGUGACCGUGCCUAGAGAGAUGGUAGCAAAUGUAACACUUGAGGACCAAAGAUUUCUUUAAAGGAACCUACCCAAAACAGGAAAGCAGGGGGGGGGGAGGAGAGCUUUUGCGUGUACCUGUUUAUUUACUGUAUCAAAGUGCCUGUUUCCUUAAGAAAAUGACCAAGUUAACUUUGUGAUUGAACCGCACAUUUUCAUUUAUAUCAGGGAUUCGAAAUUUAAGGCGAAAAGAGCAUUUAAAAAGGAAAAAAAAAACUAGCUAAAAUGUGUGAUCAGUAGUUCUGCCAUGUUGUGUUUUUUUUUUUUUUCCUUGGCAGACUUUUGUAUAAAGUUUAUUUUUCUGACAUUGUUUGCGUGUCAUGAGGCAUGCGCAGAGACUUAUCGGUGAGCUAUGGCUGAGAGAAAUGUAGCACUUAGACAAGGUUUAGAUUAAGAUCUCUAGAACAGCUCCGAGCUGGACAUUUUGUGAAAUGAACGCUUCUGAGUGACGUCUUAUUGUCGUUGCACCUUCCCCUUUAAGAAAGGCUAGAGCAAUGGAGGGGUCAGUGGAUGGGUUUUAGAAUUGUGUUCCUAUCAAAGUUGGUCUAGGAAGCUCGUUGAGAUCUAGGAAUGACUGGGUAUUUGUGCUCCAUCUGCUUUGCUGCAUGGUAGGACCACUAGAGGUGUUUAAUGUGAACUCUAGCUCGGUGUUUGUCUCUUACAAUGUUAGUACUGUGACCUUAUUUAAGGAAGCGGAGGUUUUCCAUAGGCUCGCUGUAUUGGUGCAGGCAGACCCUGUAGCUAGUGUUAACCCUCCAAGAGCCGUGGAUGCAUUGCUGCCAGGGUUGCCCAAGUUUGUGUUCCACUAUAGCAAUAGUGCGUUCAUCUCGGCAGGCUAUGGUGGUGACAACUCGUAGAUGGUAGCAGUCCCUUGUCCGAUGGUUUAUUAGCCCGCUCUUACAGUCUGCUGCUUCCAUCUGAUGUGCAGAGACCUGACUGAAGGACUCAGUAUCUGGAUUAAUUUAUUGUCUCGCCGCUCCUGGUGCUUACGACAUGGUUUGCUGAAGUAGAACUAUGCAGACCUUUUGUUCUGGGUCUCCAUCAGAAAUCACUGUGGACGGCUGGCAAUGCGGCAGCCAUCACUUUUCGUGUAUUACUAGCUCCCGUCUGCUUGCCUUUUUGCAGUAGUGAGGGUCUCUUGCAUGCCGGUCUAAUUAACUGUAGUGCCAAAUAGGACCGUUCCAGAUGCAGAAAAGUCCCUUUUUAACCUCUCAGUCGCUGAAAGUGCGGUGGACUCUGGCAGCGUAGUGGUUAAGUCUGACUCUGGCCCCCAAGGCUUCUUGCAGGGAUUGAAAUCCUGUCAUUGUUCAAAGUCCCGACAAUUUGCUCUAUCGAGUAUCUGUCUCGGUGAUUUUUAUUUUUUUUGUCUUUAGCAGGAAUCUGAUUUGUUUACUGUAGCACCAUUCCUGAGAAUUUAGCAGGAUCUGGUAAAGCUAUUGCACUGCCGCUCUGUUUACACAGACAUUUCUGGCCUUUUUUCUCUUGACUGCCCCCGUCUGUCUUCUGUUUGGUCAACGGAGAGCCGUCCGUCCGUGAUUAAUGGGGGAAGAGAAAGGGGGCUCCCCUUCCUCCAGACAGUAAAUCAGAAUGGAGAUGGGCUUGUCUAAAACCAAGCAGGAUCCACAGAUAGACAGAUUUGCGUGUGGUGAGGGGGAUGGCUGGGGAAAUAGGAUCAGCUGGUGAUGGGGUAGAGCUAUUCUUCCCACAACUAUUUGAUGGCUCAUCUCUCGGCGGAAGGUGUGGAGAUGCCUACAGCACAAGCGCCACUAGUUGAGAGCAAUCUUUACACGAUGCUCCUUUCUUCCACAUUUGACAUUUCACUUUCCUUUUAUGAUUUUAUUUUUAUUAUUUUCUAUAUAUAUAACUUUGCAGCCGGUUUCUUUUCCAGCAGCCAGGAGGACGCAGAUGGACUUGUUUUCAGCAUAGUUUAGUUUAGGUUCAGCGCACAUUUUAUUCAUCAUGGUUCCUUUAUAUUUUUCUUUUAAACGCAGUAUUCUGUACAGCCAUUUCUUGCAGCAAUCAGUGGAAAUCACUUGUCUGUCAUCCAAUAUGUUGGAGCGGAGAAUUUUCAGGAGAGACAAAGCCCCCUUUGACUCCUUAAACACCAGCCAUUAGACAGUUUGUAUGGCGGAUGGAUUUAUAGCUAAUCUAUGUGGAGAUAAAACCUGCUAAUACAAAUGUGAUGAAACAUCAGAACUCUUUCAAAGCCAAACCAUUGUAUGUUGUUGCACAAAAAAAAAAAAAAAAAAAUGCAUGGGUGUUGUGUCUAAGGGGUGGGGGAGAGGGGCCGUGUUCAAUUUGUACUUUUUCUUUUCUUUUUUUUCUUUUAUUAUGUUUCUUUCCACACUGAUGCUUUUACUUCACGUACCUAUAUUUUAUUCAGAGUUUUAAAAGAUUCAUGUAAGAUGCUUUGUACAUGACUUGUAUUAUGUCGUUGGUUGAUGACUUUGCCAAUUAAAAAAAAAAAUACAACAGAGAAAAAUCCAAACAAAAAAAAAAUUUUUAUAUAUUUUCUUGAAAUAUUUCAUGGUAGACUUUAACGUCUCAGAGAGAGUUCUGCCAAUGCAGAAAUAUAUUUUGCCUAUCCUAUAACGACGUGUGGGUUUUCUUUGCAAAACUGGGGAUUUUCAGUGUAAAGUGAUUGAGAUGUAAUAUGAUGUUGCAUGCAAGCAGGAAAAAAAAACCCCUGCAAACUAGAAAGUAGUCCUAGGAAGCAGCUUUGCUCUCAACCUUUCUCUGUACAAUAUGAGCGCCGCCUCUUCGCAGCUGCAGCAUCUGCCCUUUGCUUCUGACCAUAAGCUAAGGACGGGCAGGAAAGCAGAUGGAGGACACGGGCCGCCGGCCUUCAUACUUGAGAGAAAGGGUUGUGAAUCUUGUUUACAGCGUCCAAUAUUUGGAUUUGAUUUGUAAAUAAAGAAGUUAUUUUUUUUCUAUUAA